AAUAGGUAGAAGGGGGGAGUUGAGCCUCCGCCUCUUAUUACAACAACACUUCCAACUCAUCAUCAUCAUCCUCGUUCUCUCCGCAAUUUCUCUUGAAUCUCACAUUGCAAAUGGCGACGGCUUUCUCUGCCACGCUUCCUCUCCAUGGAUCAUCUCAAGAGAAUCGUCUCUUGCUUCCCCCCACCCGAUUGCCUCCUCCUUCUUCUUUCCUCGGAUCCACCCGUUCUCUCCCCAUUCGCAGACUCAAUCACGCUCACGCCGCUCGUCGAUCCCCCGUCGUCGCUGUCCAGGAAAUUGUCAAGGAGAAGAAACCCACCAAUUCCCUGUUGAUAACCAAAGAGGAAGGAUUGGUCUUGUACGAAGACAUGAUUCUCGGUCGUUCUUUCGAGGACAUGUGUGCUCAAAUGUACUACCGUGGCAAGAUGUUCGGUUUUGUCCACUUGUACAACGGCCAAGAAGCCGUCUCCACCGGCUUCAUCAAGCUUCUCACCAAAUCCGAUUCAGUCGUCAGCACGUAUCGUGACCACGUCCACGCCCUCAGCAAAGGCGUCUCCGCUCGUGCCGUUAUGAGCGAGCUCUUCGGGAAAGUCACCGGCUGCUGCAGAGGCCAAGGUGGGUCCAUGCACAUGUUCUCAAAAGAACACAACAUGCUCGGUGGGUUUGCCUUUAUAGGCGAAGGCAUCCCUGUCGCCACUGGCGCUGCUUUCACUUCGAAGUACAAGAGGGAAGUCUUGAAGCAGGACUGCGAUGACGUCACUGUUGCGUUCUUCGGAGACGGGACUUGUAACAACGGGCAGUUCUACGAGUGUCUGAACAUGGCUGCGCUUUAUAAGUUGCCGAUUAUCUUUGUCGUUGAGAAUAACUUGUGGGCGAUUGGGAUGUCUCAUUUGAGAUCGACUUCUGAUCCUGAGAUAUGGAAGAAAGGUCCUGCGUUUGGGAUGCCAGGUGUUCAUGUUGACGGUAUGGAUGUGCUGAAGGUGAGGGAAGUGGCUAAAGAGGCUGUUACUAGAGCUAGAAGAGGUGAAGGUCCCACAUUGGUGGAAUGUGAGACUUACAGGUUCAGAGGACACUCCUUGGCUGAUCCUGAUGAGCUCCGUGAUGCUGCUGAGAAAGCCAAGUACGCGGCAAGAGACCCGAUCACAGCACUGAAGAAGUAUCUGAUAGAGAACAAGCUUGCUAAUGAAGGGGAACUUAAGACGAUAGAGAAGAAGAUAGACGAUUUGGUGGAGGAAGCGGUUGAGUUUGCAGACGCGAGCCCACAGCCUGGUCGGAGUCAGUUGCUAGAGAAUGUGUUUGCUGAUCCCAAAGGGUUUGGGAUAGGACCUGAUGGACGUUACAGAUGCGAGGAUCCCAAGUUUACUGAAGGCACCGCUCAAGUCUGAAAAGAGAGAGAGAGAGAGAGAGAGAGAGAGAGAGAGAGAGAGAGUUAAAAUUAAAUCAUGAAUGUCUACUUGUUUGAUGUUAUUAAGUUAAAAUGCCUCUGAGCAACAGUUUGAACUCUUUUUUUUUUCCUUGUCUCUUUGGAUCUGAAUUACAAAUACGUUGGUUAAAGUUGA